CAGCUUACGCACUUCCCGGAAGUGCAGCGGGGGGACAUAGGCCCCAUCGAUUCAAUACAACUGCACACAUAAGCACUUACUAAUAAUAAACUUCAGUUUGUAUGUCAUUUUCAUGGAGUCCUACCGCUAACACAUAUGGAGUGUCAAGAGGAAAAGCCAAUCAUCUAUACUAUGGAAAACAAGCCGAUUGUGACAUGUGCUGGAGACCAGGGCUUGUUUACGUCUCUCUAUACGUCAUUGGCCCAACAACUUCCCAGGGAGCCAAUGGAAUGGAGGCGGACAUACGGCCGUGCACCAAAAAUGAUCCACCUUGAAGCUAAUUUUGUCCAGUUUAAAGAGGAGCUCCUCCCCAAGGAGGGCAACAAGGCUCUCCUCACCUUCCCCUUCCUCCACAUCUACUGGACUGAUUGCUGUGAUACCGAGGUGUAUAAGAGCACGGUAAAGGAGGACAUGAUUCGCUGGCAGAACAGCUUGCGGGCCCACGGCUCAGCAGACUGGGUCAUCAUCGUUGUGGAGACCAACGAUACUAAGAAGAAGAACAAGACCAACAUCCUUCCUCGGUCGUCCAUCGUGGACAAGAUCCGUAGCGAUUUUUGCAACAAACAAAAUGACAGGUGUGUGGUGCUGUCAGAUCCUCUGAAGGAUUCGUCCCGGUCGCAGGACUCCUGGAAUUCCUUAUUACUCAAGCUGCGAACUCUCCUCCUCAUGUCCUUCACCAAGAACCUGGGACGCUUUGAGGAUGACAUGCGUACGCUCCGGGAGAAACGCACCCAGCCUGGCUGGAGCUUCUGUGAAUACUUCAUGGUCCAGGAGGAGCUGGCCUUUGUUUUUGAGAUGCUGCAGCAGUUUGAGGAUGCCUUGGUCCAGUAUGAUGAACUAGAUGCUCUUUUUACCCAAUAUGUCCUUAACUUUGGAGCUGGAGACACAGCUAACUGGCUGGGCUCAUUCUGCGCCCCGGUGCGCAGCUGGAGUGGCUUGCUGCUCCGGCGGCCCAUUGACAUGGAGAAGAGGGAUGGGAUCCAGCGAGGGGAAGCCAGCCUGUUGGAUCUUAGGAGCUACCUGUUCUCUCGCCAGUGCACCUUACUCAUCUUCCUCCAGAGGCCCUGGGAGGUCACCCAGAGAGCACUGGAACUGCUGCACAACUGUGUCCAGGAGCUCCGCCUGCUUGAGGUUUCGGUGCUGGAGGGGGCGCUGGACUGCUGGGUGUUCCUCAGCUGCUUGGAAGUUUUGCACAGGAUUGAGAACUGCUGCGAUCAGGCCCAGUUAGCUGCAAACUGCUCCCAUACUGUGGGUCUGUGGGCUUACGCGACUGACAAGCUGAAGUCCCUGGGGGAACUCUGUGGCCUGGUGUCAGAGAAGGGACCAACAUCUGAGGACCUGAACAGGACUGUAGAUCUGCUUGCCGGACUGGGGGAUGAGAGGCCUGAGACUGUCAACAGUUUGCAGAGCCCUUACAAAAAGCUGAAAGAAGCUUUGUCAUCUGUAGAAGCUUUUGAAAGACACUAUCUUGAACUCUCUCAUGCUGCUAUGGAGAUGUACAGGGCCAUCGGCCGGAUGCGGUCUGCCAGACUGGUGGGAAAAAGCCUGGCUGAGUUCUACAUGAGGAAGGGGGAUCCUGAGCGGGCGGAAACCUUCUUCCAGGAAGCUCUGAAGUCAUACGUAUCAGAGGGGUGGAGCCUCCCCGUUACUCACACCAGGAAACAGAUUGCCGAGUGUCAGAAACUGCUGGGCAGAACUGAAGACUACCUGCAGACCAGUGCCUUGUUGGCCGGUGAUGUGAAUCUGACCACAGAGGAGAGGAAGCACUUUUGUCAGGAAAUUCUGACCUUCGCUGCCAAGUCUGAAGAUCACUCCCACAAAGUGAAUCUCAGCAUGGGUGUUUUUGCUCAGCUCACACGGCUACAGUUCCAUCCUGCGACAGCCUCUGUGCACUCUGGAGCUGUCCUGCAGGUGGAGCUCACUCUGAGAUGUUUGAUGCCCGUGUCGGUGAAAAUACAGCAAGUAGCUGCUAGCAUUCACUUUGACCUGGACCAUGGAGGGAUUCAUGGAAGGUCUAAGGGAGCUCAGAGACAAACAAACCCAGGGACAGUAGAAUUUAACCAGGGAAACCCGUCAGUGGGUCCCUCCUCUGCCUGGGCCGCAGGUCCUUCUUUAGAACUGGACGAGAUUCAGGACAGGAGUCCUUCAGACAAUUCUCUCAACUCUACAGGAGUGGUGUGUAAAAACACUCACCUGCUCAUGCGUCGUCAUGACAGCAACUCACCGCCAGAGACGCCCAACUGUGUCAGCCCUCCUGCUGUUGCCAUGAAGGAAGGAGCUCAGAUGCUGAAAGUUCAGGAUGUAACAUUAGAGCCUGGGAACAACAGCAUUAUCUUCACAGCACCAAGCGGGCAACCAGGUACUUACACAUUGCGUCAGCUCUGUGCCACGGUGGGUCAGAUACAGUUUGUGCUGCCUCAUAUCUACCCAUCGGUCCACUAUGAAGUGUAUUCUCAGGAGCCCCAGCUCACUGUGGAGCCUCUCUCAGAGCCGCUCUUAGCCGGUCUGCCUCAAAUGGUUAAGUUCACUCUGUUGACGGGUCACUACGCUGUGAAGAAAGGAGAUGCUCUGCAGCUCAGCAACACAGACACCAUGCCCAUCCUUCCCUCCACCAGCUGCACCGCCCGCAUCAGCGACCCUACUGCUGAGUUGGUGGGUGAAAGUGUCCUCUCCAUUCAGUCGUCUGAGAAGGUGACCAGCAUCAGCUUGCCCCAGACCCCUCCCUACCACACUCUGGAGUUCCAGCUGGAGGUUUUGUGCAUCAUCCCGUCUGGGUCCGAGCGGCCCGCCAAUGAGAGGCUGACCAACGGUGAGGUCCGCCAUCGACCACGCAGCUACAGUCAUCCUGACACGCCCAUGAUUGCCAUCGACCAGAGGAUGUCUAUCGACUGUCCAUGGUCAAUCUACUCCACACUGCUAGCCCUCACCUUCUACAUCCCCUUCAAGACCAAACACUCACUGCUUUCUGCUGGUAACAGGAAGUACAUCCAGGUGUGCGUGCAGAAUGUGUCAGAUGUGAACUUCACGCUGGCAGAAGUGAAGCUGACUGAGAAGCAGCAUGCAUCACUGGAGCUACAGUCACUUAACACUAAAGCACAACAGCUUUUGUGCAGUAAGCACAGUGUGUUCUGCUUGUGGGAGGUGAGGUGGAAGGAUGACCUGCCUUCCUGUCUCCAGUGUGUUUUCUGCGCCAGCUUCUCUCCAAUUAAACAGGACGUCUCUGCCUUCAAACCCUUCCACUAUCAGUUCCAGCUUGAGAGAGUGACAACGUUGUACAGUGUGAGAGCUGAGAUCCUGCCUCCUGCUGGUGAACAACACUGUCGCUCUGGUUUCCUGUGUGGACUGGAGGUGUGUAUAACACGACUGACUGAACCCGCAGAGGGAGAGAUGGCGGAGGAAAGCAGGACUGACACUGACGGUCUCAAAACCACCAAGCUCAUGUAUGAAGUGGCUGACAGCAGCAGUAACUGGGCAGUGUGUGGCAAAAGUUCAGGGAUGGUGUCGAUGCCUAUGACAGCCAACGCCACCCACAAGGUGCAGAUCGAGGUGAUGCCGCUGUUCGCAGGACACCUGCCCUUCCCCAGAAUUAAAGUGCUGAAGUACCUGCCUCACACUGCAGCAGUGGCCAUUCAGCCAGACCCUGACAGCUGCGUGGAGAACGACAGUCUGUCCCUGCUGGACAAGACACUGGACGACCCGGGGGACACGGCGAGCAUCCGCAGCCGGGGCAGCAUCCACUCCGUGGGCAGUGGCGACCAGCAACAGAAAGGCGUGGCCAUGCCUCGCCUGGAACCCUUCAGCCCUGGGCAGGUGUUCAACCACAGCCUCGCACGGCAGGUCCUUGUGCUGCCCGCCACCGACGACCACAUCAUCGAGGUCAACGCUACAUGACCCUGGUGGCGACACCUCUCGUCCUCCUCUUAUAGGACUGAACCCAGGCCCUGGAUGGACUCUGCUGAGCUUUUGCUCUGGGGCAGAUCGGGUCCAUGAGUCCAUGUCAAAGACCGCUGCAGGUUGCCGCUAUGGACCCCCUCCCCCCUCCCAAGCAUGAAACAUUCACAUCACUGGAGACAUUCUGGACUACACACAGUGAAGAGCCAAUGACAGCCGAUAAAUUUAAAUAAAGAUUUUUCUUUGCCAUACUUUGUACAUAGCUCAUUGGAUGGAUUUAUAGUUAUAAAUAUAUAAAUAUAUCUAUGGACUGAUCAAUCAGAUCGCGCCUGUUGUGCUCCUUUUGAACUGAAGAAUAACACUCCUGAUUGUCCCACGAUGCACCAAAGCCCUAGAUGUGUGUACGCCUCGAUCAACUACUCAAGUACUGUAACUUUGACUGGGUGUUUCCAGCUGUAAGUGCUUUUCCUGUGCCUCUCAAGUAGUCAUCAUUUUUAUAUUUGAGACUUUCGCCUUCACGGUUACAUUCAAGUUGCUUAAAUAAGCUGCUGUUUCCAUCGCAGACGUGAUGGAAGUCAGAAGCAGGCAGGUUAACACACAACACGCGUCUUCGGAAACAUAGCUGUAAUCCUUGCACGGUCUGCUGUCCCGUCGAUGCAGAAACCGUUCCCACUGGUGUACGUUGAAGUAGUAUUUUAAUUCUGGGAUCAGACUAAGGAAUAUCAGCCUGAUAGCGCCUUCUCUCACAGAGUUUAAUAACCUCUACGAUGUGUUGCCUGACAUUGACCCACACAAAUGAAAAUAUGGUUAAGCAAAAAAGGAAUGAUGACGUUGCUGUUGUGAGGCGGACCAGUGAAGUGGGUCCUUGGUGGCUUACGGAUCACCUAUAUACGUCACUCAAGUGGUGCAAGGCGGCAAGCUGCAAUUGCUCUGAGUCCAGUGUGUAGUCUGUGCCAGGUAACGGCACGAGUUUAUGACUCGUAAUCACCUAAUCUGACACAGUGACCUUCCUGAGAGGGAAAAAUAUCGUGUAAUCUGACCCCGGCAUAUCCCCUUUCUCCAGACAAGCAAGCAGCUAUCAUUUCUGGUUGCCAUCUUUGUUUGGGUCACACAAAUGGAAAAACACCUCAACAAAACAGGUUAAAAUCGAACCUUUCUCCACACUAGAGGUAAUAUUUUUGGUAUCAGCAGGAUAGAGGAGAUAGGCAGACUGUCAUUAGUCUCAGUCUGGGGUAAUGUUUCGCAUUCUUUGGUCCCGAAAUGAUCAGCAUUUACACACUUGUAAAGUUGUCAUGUGAAAAUGAGAUGCCUCUGGCAUCUUUUUGUAUUUCUUAACAACAGUGUAGGGAGUUCCAAAUUGAUAAACUGGAAGGCCUGCUAUAUUUUAAACUAAGACGGCUAUAUUUUAAAAGAUUUUGGUGCUUGUUAGUCGAUAAAUAAAACACUAGAUCCAAAGUUUAUUUACCUCGCCUAUGGAUGAAUAGAACCCCAGUCAAUAACAGAAACAUUUUAGAUUAUUUUUUCUUGAUUU